AUUCAGUUUCAAUGAAUAAGUACGAAGUUAAAGGAGUAGUUGGAGAAGGAGCAUAUGGGAUAGUAUUAAAAUGUGAAAAUAAAGAGAAUAAUUAGAUAGGUAGAGAGUUUAUAAUAUAUUUAGUGGCAAUAAAGAAGUUCAAAGAGACAGAAGAUAAUGAGAUUGUUAAAAAAAGUAUAUAGAGAGAAGUAAAGAUGUUAAGACAAUUGAAACAUCCAAAUAUAAUAGAUUUAUUUGAAGCAUUCAAAAGGUAUUAAUAUAAAUAUUGUACAGAAAAGGGAGAAUCUAUUUAGUAUUUGAGUAUGUAGAGAAAAACUUACUUGAAGUACUGUAAGCUUCUCCUAAUGGAUUAGAUGUAUUACAUUAAAUAUUUUAAGUAAGGAUAUCUAAAGAGAAUUGCAUUUUAAUUGUUGAAAGCUAUGGAGUUUAUUCAUUAUCAUGAUAUAGUUCAUCGAGAUAUAAAACCUGAAAACAUUUUAAUAGAUAAUGAAAAUAACUUGAAAUUAAUAGAUUUUGGAUUUGCAAGAGUAAAGUUGAAAGUUAUUUUUUGUAGAGCUUAAAUUUACCAGACACUUUAACAGAUUAUGUAGCAACAAGAUGGUAUAGAUCUCCUGAACUUCUUUUAAAUUAUUAGACAUAUGGGAAAGGAGUAGAUUUAUGGGCAAUCGGUUGUUUACUUUGUGAAUUAACUGAUGGUGAACCUAUGUUUCCAGGAGAGAAUGAAACAGAUUAAUUAUAUUUAAUUUAAAAGACUCUUGGUCCUUUAACACAUGAGUAAAUGGAAGUAUUUUAAAAGAAUCCAAGAUUUCUUGGUAUGAAAUUCCCUGAAAUAGGAAAACCUGAAACCAUAGAGAGAAGGUAUUUAAAAUAAAAUAAAAUUUAUAGGUAUCUUGGUAAAUUACCUUAAAAAGCUAUUGGAUUAGUAAAAGGUUUAUUAAGAAUGGAUCCAAAAGAACGAUUUACUUGUUUAGAUGCAUUAAAACAUCCAUAUUUUGCAGAUUAUCCAGAAGCUUAAGAAUAUAUUAAAUAAAUAGAGAGUAGAUAAAUUUAAGUUUAAAAUGAUGUGAAUUAAAAAAGAGAUUCUCUUAUGAGUUAAUAAAAAUAAUAAAACUAAAUUGGACAUACAAAUCAAAUUAGAACUAAAGUAAUUCAUCUGAUGAUUUUAGAACUUUAAACCAGUUCCUAAUUUUUUAAGUAGUCAUGUUUUAAUGUAGAGUACAGCUUAUAAUUAUAAAAUAUCUGAUUAACAUACUGCUGAGAGGGAAUUAACAAAUAUGAAAAAGACAACUUCAGUAGAUAAAUUGCCAUAAACAUAAUAUAAUGGUUUUAGUAUUGGAAAUGGGUUCUCAUUUGCACCAUCUAAAAAUUAAUAAUUAAAAGCAAAUCAACAAUUAAAGUAAUCUUAACCAUAAAUUAAAAUAUAAAACUUAAAUAUUAUUUAUAAUGCUAACACUUACAAUUACUAAUAAUAAUAAUAAUAAUAAUAAUAAUAAUAACAAUAACAAUAGUAAUAGUAACCUUAAUAGUAAUAACGUAAAAUUAUUAAGAAAAAAAGUUGA